ACCCGAAGCGGAAGUAAAUAAACUGCUUUUCCCGCGCAGUCAAAUUACAACAAGCUAGGCGUCCGAGGACAGGCCCGAAACGAUGGACGAGCUGUAUUUGGAUAACAUUGACGAAUUUGUCAACGAUCACAACAAGAUAGUAACUUAUAAAUGGCUGAGUCUCACCCUCGGAGUCCAUGUCAACACAGCUAAACAGAUGCUUUACCAUUACUUGGAGCACAAGAGGAAGGAAAGCUCACCUCAGCUCCACGCCACCUACCUCGUGACUGGGAAGCUGGAAGACAAUGGUCAGACGAGUCACAGGGUGUCUGUUAUCAGAGAAGACCAGUUGGAAGAUUUUAAAUCUAAGAUGAGCUUGCUAGUUAGCGUUCACGUCUACAGUGUGCAGAAAGCUUUACUCAAAGACAGCGGUCCCCUCUACACCGUCGACUACGAUGCCGUCAAAGACAACCUGAAGAACUGCAGCAAGUACAGCGCGAUCCGAUGUCCCAACGCGGUGCCCAUGUCUGCUGUGGAGCUGCAGCAGGUCCAGGAAAUUCAACGAGCCCCUCCCUCGAUGCCUGAGAGCAAACGGUCCCCCAUGAGCGGGGACGCCGGUGUGGCAUCCAAACCGUCAAGUAAACCGCCCAAGGGCAUCAUGGGAAUGUUCGCAAAUAAAUCUGCGCCGAAACAUCAGGAUAGCAGCAAAGAAGUCAAGCCUGAGCAAAAAGAGUCGUCGUCUGUGCCAGACGGCCUGAAAAGCAAACCAGCAUCGAAGUCCAAUCCAAUGGCCAACUUCUUUGGAUCUCAAACAACAAAAAAGGCCGACAAAGCGGUGAAGGAGGAGCAGGAGGCGCCGGUGCCUGUGGCGUCGGAGCGGCGCAGCUCAACGCCGCAGGAGGAGGAGGAGCCUGCAGCCGCGCAGCCGCACAAGGACAUCAAAACGGACUCCAGGAGCAAAACAAAGCGAACAGAGGUGUCUGAUAGUGAGGAGGAGGAGGAGAAAAUGGAGAAGAAAAAGAGGCGAAGGAUCAAGAAACCAGAACCAGACAGCAGUGAUGAAGAUGUUAUUCCAGAUUCUCCGCCUCAGAUGAAAACAAGCGAGCCAAGUCCUAAAAAGGAGCCCGAGUCGGUCCAACCUUCACGAACGAGCUCCGAAACCAAGAUAAGGAGGAGGAGAAAAGUCUUGAAGUCUCGUAUCUUCGAAGAUGAGGAAGGAUGCAUGGUGACAGAAAAGGGAUACGUGAGCGAAUCCUACUCUGAGACAGAAGAUGACUUUCAGAGCGCCAAGCCAGCUCAACGCGACAUUAAAGCAAAGCUAACAUCCAGCAGCAAAGAUGGCGAGAAGAAGGCUCACAAGAAGGCUUCAGCAAAUUCAAACAAAGGCACAAAACAAGCUUCCAUUACAGGAUUUUUCCAAAAGAAAUGAGCCGUCUCCGUGGGCUCUGAGGAGCGACGCGCUCUGUGUGCAGACAUGUGAUUUUACUCACGGACAACUAACAGGAAGACGCGUCUCAAAUUGAUUUAACCAAUGAAAGAGGUCCGGUUCAGGAACAUCAAUAUUUUGCCUUUCACUGUUUUUAUGACUCUCCACUGUAAACCCAUGUCCAAUUCAAUAAACUUAAACUUUAAAGUUG